AUGACCCUGCAAGAAAAGAUUGGUCAAAUGACCCAAAUCGAGCUCUGUGUUGCUACUUUCUCUGAUGUUAGAGACCUCUCCAUCGUAACAAAAUAUCUGCUACCACCUAAUGACUCAACCUCAAAGAAAGCAAUGCCAUCCGAUUGGGCAGAUAAGGUUGACAGGUUUCAGCAGGCUGCACUUGAUUCAAGGCUUAGAAUACCCCUUAUAUAUGGGAUUGAUGCGGUUCAUGGUAAUAACAGAUUCUAUGGUGCCACUAUAUUUCCUCACAAUAUUGGCCUUGGAGCCACGAGAGAUGCAGAUUUGGUUCAAAGGAUUGGAGCUGCAGUAGCUCUUGAAGUCAGGGCAAGUGGCAUUCACUUUAGCUUUGCUCCCUGUGUCGCUGUAUGCAGAGAUCCUAGAUGGGGAAGAUGCUAUGAGAGUUUCAGUGAAGACACUAACAUUGUUAGAAAGAUGACUUCCAUUAUUUCAGGUUUACAGGGACAGCCACCGGUGGGACAUCCCAAGGGCUAUCCUUUUGUAGCUGGAAGAUACAAUGUUAUUGCAUGUGCCAAGCAUUUUGUUGGAGAUGGAGGUACAGAAAAGGGUAUAAAUGAGGGAAAUACCAUAUCAUCAUACAAUGAUUUAGAGACGAUCCACAUGGCACCUUAUCUCGACUGUCUUUAUCAGGGAGUUUCAACAGUUAUGGCAUCUUAUUCUAGUUGGAAUGGAUGUAAACUUCAUGUUCAUCAUUUCCUCUUGACAGAAAUUUUGAAAGACAAACUAGGUUUUAAGGGUUUUGUGAUUUCGGAUUGGAAAGCACUUGACAGACUUAGCGAACCUAGAGGCUCAAACUAUCGCCAUUGUGUUUAUACUGCCAUUAAUGCUGGAAUUGACAUGGUGAUGGUGCCUCUUAGAUAUAAGCAAUUUAUUGAGGAUUUGACAUCCCUGGUGGAAUCAGGGGAGAUACAAAUGUCCAGGAUAGAUGAUGCUGUUGAAAGAAUACUGAGAGUGAAGUAUGUUGCUGGUCUUUUUGAAUAUCCCUUCUCUGACAGAUCUCUGCUAGAUACGGUUGGCUGCAAGCUGCACAGGGAACUAGCCCGUGAAGCCGUUCGCAAGUCCUUAGUUCUAUUGAAGAAUGGAAAGAACCCAGGAAAGGCCUUCCUUCCAUUGGAGAAAAAUGUUAAAAGGGUUCUUAUUGCAGGAACACAUGCUGACAAUCUCGGAUACCAGUGUGGGGGGUGGACACGUUACUGGCAGGGAAGCAGUGGCAGGAUUACAAUUGGCACAACAAUUUUGGAUGCAUUCAGAGAAGUCAUGGGAGACAAAACAGAGGUGAUUUAUGAAAAGUAUCCUUCGCCAGACACCUUUGCUGGGCAGAACUUUUCUUUCGCCAUUGUAGCUGUUGGUGAAGAACCAUAUGCAGAGUCUGCGGGAGACAAUUCGGAGCUAAUAAUCCCCUUAAAUGGAAGUGAGUUACUAAGUAGUGUUGCUGACAGAAUCCCCACAUUGGCAAUCCUGAUAUCUGGAAGACCUUUGGUUAUAGAGCCAUGGCUUUUGGAAAAAGUGGAUGCUCUGGUUGCUGCUUGGUUACCCGGAACAGAGGGUAGGGGAAUAACUGAUGUAGUUUUUGGAGACUAUGAAUUUGAGGGUCAAUUACCAAUUUAGGACAAUCAAACAGCUGCCAAUAAGCAGUACUGGAAACAAUUCAUAUGAUCCAUCGUUU